AUGCAAAACUCAUUUGACCAAUCAAUAAUUAGUUCACGUUUGGUAAAUUUAUAUUCUCAAUUAGCUCUACUUGAACAACAAAAUGACAAUACUUCAAUAAGUGAUUCAAAACAUUUAAAGUCUGUUUUGGAUUCUUACCAAAAUAAUUAUUUAUAUUUAAAAUCUCGUUAUAAAACCGAACAAGAACGUAUUGAUCGUCGUUAUGAUUUCGAAACAAGUUGUACACGUGCAUAUUUUGCUGCUAAAAAAGCAGAAUUAAAAGAACAUUUACUUGAUCGUCUUCGACGUAAACGUAAAUUAGUUAUUGAUGAAAUACGUUCAGAUAUUGAUAUACAUUCACCUACAUUUAAUGUUGAUUCAUUAUUUAUUACAAUGCAAACUUCACAUCCAUUACAAACUAAAGCAUAUAAUUUUCGACAACGACCCGAUAUUGGACAACAAACAUCAAUGAUAAAUGAAGAAGAAUUUUUUUCUACAAAUGGCAUUCUACCAUCAAUGUUACAACAACAACCGACACGUAAACGUUUUGUAGGUGCAUUUAGUAUUUUUCAAUUACCGAAAUGGACUAUUAAAGAUGAAGAAUGUGAAGAUGAUAUAAAAAUGAUUUCAAAUAGUAGAAAAUAG